UAUGAGGCAAAGGAGAGCUGCCUAUCAAAAUAUGUCGCCUUGGUUUUGCUCUGCUGCCUCCCUCUAUCCCUCCCUCCACAAAGAACAAAGUCUCCUUUUGUGUGUCUUUCAGUGAGUGGCCUGGAUUUUCCCCACCCCCUGCAGAGAUCGUGCUACCAGGAGCCAGUAAAAGCAGGUUCUGCUGCUGGGGAUCUGGGCCUGUGAAAGGAGAGGCAACAGACCAUGGCCAGGCAGGUUGCACACUCCAUAGAGUACGGUGGAAUAACCCUCCCUGCUCUAGUGCACAGUGAAGACAGCGUUCGGUAUGCCCAUCGGAGCUUCCAGGUGCAAGACAGUGACGUCUUCAACAUCACGUAUCCAAAAUCUGGAACAACUUGGAUGAAGGAAAUCCUCACCCUGAUCCACAACAAUGGGGAUCCCACCCUCUCACGGUCAUUACCCUGCUGGGAACGGGUGCCCUGGAUCGAACAGGUCACAGCGGUGAAAUACCUGGAGAACCAAACGUGCCCCCGCCUCAUAACCUCUCACUUACCCGCAGCAAUCUUUCCAGAAUCAUUCUUCACCUCACAGGCUAAGGCCAUUUACACCGUCCGCGACCCCAAGGAUGUCUGUGUCUCACUCUUUUAUUACACCAAGAUGGCUUCGUUUCUGGAGCACGAGGAGGAUUUUGGGGAAUUCAUCAGGAAGUUUGUUUCAGGGGAAGUUCUCUUUGGCUCCUGGUUUGAUCAUGUCAAGAGCUGGCUGGCCUACAAAGACCAGGCAAACUUUCUCCUUCUGACCUAUGAUGAAUUGCUGAAGGACUUGCGGGGCAGUGUCCUCCGCAUCUGCCAGUUCCUGGGCAAGGACUUAGAUGUGCCUGCUGUUGACUCCGUGGUGGAGAAUGCCUCUUUUGAAGCCAUGAAGGGCAACAAGAUGGUGAACUAUAGCCUCAUCUCUGAGGAUAUUAUGAACCAAAAGAUCAGCCCCUUCCUCAGGAAAGGGAUUUCUGGAGAUUGGAAAAAUCAUUUCACUUCAGAGCAGAGUGCUGCAUUCCAUCAUCUCUACCAGGAGAAGAUGAAAGACGCAGGGAUCAGAUUUCCUUGGGAUGAACUCCAAACUGAAAUCCACCAGGAACCUUAAUGUUUCGGAGAGGAAAACGUUAGGUGCAGAAUUUCCCGUUCUAAUGUCCUUUUACACCAUCCUUUGUUAUGAGGACCAGCUUACUCUUUUUAACACAAAAGCUACAAUUGCUCUUCUCACAUAAUAUAGGAGUCCCAGCUUAGCUAUCAGCACUACUGAGGAUUCCAGUGCAGGGUUAUGCUUUGAGCAAUGAACAGUAGGAGUUUUUCACUCUGAUAGAAAGCAGAGGGCUAGCGUAUACAACUGGAAGAAUUAAAGUUUUCUUGGAUUGUAUCUGUAAGGGGGGGAGAUUACAGAGAACCUCCCCCUCUCAUCAGGAGCAGUUCGUCCCCAAGCAGCCAGGAAAGUGCAGGGUCUGAAGGGGCUAGUCAGGAGGCGGAGAGAGAGAGCCAGGUCUCCGGCAGCAUGGGAGAGCCCCUGUUCCACAGGUGGGAAGAGAGAGAGAUGGAAAGGGGGGAGAGGGAAAAGACGGAGCGCAGACCCUUUCACCCGGCACCGGAAUUAAAGAGGAGAAAGGGGAGGAGAUUCGCUGUCCCGCGACUCUUAUGUUGGUCCAGGUCCCGAAAGGGGGCAGUGCCAGAUUCUGACACGGAAUAAGCGGACAUGAAACCGACAGCUCACCACACUGUAAAUAACGUGCACCAAUAAAGACUCUUUUAAAGACAAGUAUGUGGAAAGUCGUUACUCAAGAGUAGCCGUAAUAACCUCUGACAGUAUCAUAUCAAGCUGCAGUGGUGGUGGUGGUGAUGUUGUGUGUCUGAGUCAUCCCCCACAA